GCAUGCGUCCGCAAUAUAUGUGUGGGAGAGUUUGGAAUCCUCUUCUUUUCUCUCCUUCGUCGGAGAAACGAUCAUGGCUGCUGCCGCUCUUACUCCUACUUCCACGCUUCUUCUCUUCUGCAUUCUCUAUGCUGUUCUUUGGAUCUCACUUUGCUCAGAUCAGAAGCUUACUACACUUAAAGGCAUUGAGGUCGGGAAUCCAGCUAUAGAAGUCAUUCCAGCGCCAAUUUAUGGCCCUUCUGGAGGAUCUGGAGAUGUUUUGUUCUGUGGGCGUGUUCCAGUAUCUGGUGUAUCCCGAUUGAAACUCCAGCAUUAUGCAAGUGUCUAUCAGGUUACAUUGGUCCCUUCAGUAUUGAUCCCUAAGCAAUGGCACAACAAGAUUCAAGUUUGCUUUCAACGGAAUUCGUCACUAGGAUUAUGCCAGUGUGAGAAGGAUGAUUGGAGAUCUCUUCAAAAUGGGUUAUGGAGUUCCACUAUGUCACCUUACGAGCAGACUUUUGUUGAUGUGAAGUUUGGUGAUGGGGUUUCUGGUUCUGUAACUGUCAGUCUUGAUGAAGUGCAACAAAAAUGGCGUUACAUAUUGCUAGCUGUGGGAUUUGUUUUACUGUUUUUGGCACCAUUUGUCAGUGAAUGGGUCCCCUUUUACUACACCAGUUCUAUGGCCAUUGGAGUUCUAGCUGUUGUUCUCAUACUACUUUAUCAGGCAAGGAAAUUGCUGCCAACUGGCAGGAGAAAUGCAUUUUACCUUGGUAUAAUGUCCACAGUACUUGGAGCAGGAUCUUUUGUGGUGCAUAGCCUCUCAGCAUUUCUGAAUUCAUUUCUCCAAAACUUUGGGAUAAGCCAAGAAGUCCAGAACCCAGUUUCUGUUUUUGUGGUGCUUGGAAUCAUCUUGUUAGGAGCUGGUUUCGGAUAUUGGCUGGUGAGGAAAUAUAUUAUUUCUGAAGAUGGAGAAGUUGAUGUUGGAGUUGCACAAUUUAUCAAAUGGUCCAUGCGUGUAGUUGCAGUCACAUGUAUUAUCCUGAGCACUAAAGACACCCCUUUGGCAAUGGCUGCAGUGGGGUCUUGUUUGGGUUUAUACUACAUGAUCACAAAGAUGAAGUGGCGCUACCAUGAGAGCAGGAGGGCUGAAUCAUAUUCUGGAAAGCAGAACCUCUGGGGUAAGAGUAAGAGUAAGAGCAAACAAACAACCCCAAACCACGGAAAACCUGAAUUCCUUAGUCGGUCAAAAAAGAACACCCCUUCAAGGAGUGGUCAAAUGAAUAGUUUCAGGUGGUCAAACUCAAACUCUCCCACCGCCAAAGGCAUAUCAUCUGGAAGUGGAAGUGGAAGUGGAAGUGGAAGGCAAGGUGAUGUUUAUUCGACAUUUCACAAGACUCCAAACAGGAAGAAGUUUUCAAAGAAGGAAUGGGAGGAAUUCACAGAGGAAUCAACGAGAGAAUCAAUUGCGGAAUUGGCAUCGACUCCUGAAUUCACGGAUUGGGUAAUCAACAAUGCUGAUAGAAUCAAACUCCUUCCGGAAGAUAAUUCGGAUGGAAGCGGAAGCGGAUCGGAUUCUACAGAUGAGUAUUAUAAUAAUGUGCAACAGAGUGGAACUGGCCAAGGCUUUUUUAACUGGCAAAUGCGAAAGUGA